CUGCUAUAUACCUCGAUCGGCCGAAUUGCGAUUUCUCGUCCGAGGCUACACUCGUGGCAUAAUGGGCUUUGCUCGCUUCAUGCAUAAGAUACCGGAUGCGGAUGCGCCCUUUGCCGCCGCCCUCUGUUACGUACGACCAUAGCAUCUCCCAUAUGAUUAACCUUAUUUCCCAUCAGCCCCUGCGCUCUGUCCGCCGGACCGCCUCGGCCCUCCUCCACCGCUGCUUGCUGAUCAUCUAUCUCACUGCAUCUAUCCACAUCAUGUCUUUCUUCCCCAGUACAACGGUGGCCCCCCUUUUUUCUUACGCUGUAUGCACAGGAUGUCUCCUCCCGACUAAUUCCCCCCUCAUGGGUCCACUACAGGCUACAGCGAGGUAUGAAUAUCUUUCCACCACAGCCCCAGCUCGCCUUCUUCGGUCCUAUCAGUGCCUUCCUGUCCCUUUCUGAAUUCUCUCGUGACAUUCGCCUUAAUUAGCUUAGCGUCUACCUUGCCAGCCUCAUCAAUGGUUCCGCUAUAUGCCACUAUGUCACUGUCCUCCUAUAUAUAUAAUGAGCAACCCCCACCGACCAUAUGAUACAGUGGCUCUAGCUCUUUUCAGC